ACUUUAAUGGCAAAGCAGCCAUUAGAGAAUAUGGGACUAAAUGGUUUCAUUGAUGUGGACUUGCUCGGGUUACUGUCGAAUUUGAGAACUAUAAGCUUUAUGAAGAACAACUUUGAUGGUCCAUUGCCAGAUUUAAAGAAACUCAGUGCAUUAAGGUCUGUGUAUUUAUCAAACAACAAUUUUUCUGGGGAGAUUCCUUAUGAUGCUUUUUCGGGUAUGUUGCGGUUGAAGAGACUGCAUUUGGCUCAUAAUCAGUUUGCUGGUAGUAUUCCUACAUGAUUGAUAACUUUGCCAAAGCUUUUGGAGUUAAGGCUUGAGGAUAACCAUUUUGAUGGUCAGAUACCAGAUUUUCAACAGGCGUCAUUGAAUUAUUUUUAUGUAUCGGGCAAUGAAUUGGAGGGUCCAAUUCCAAAUAGCCUUAAGUGGGAUGGAUUCAAGCUCCUUCUCUGGAAAUUUAGAGCUAUGUGGAAAGCCUAUGGGUAAUUGUGACAAAUGCUCAAUUCCAAGUAUCCUAGUGAUUGUUAUACUUGCAACGAUGGCAACAGUCGGCAUAAAUAUAGUGGUCUUCAUCAACCACAAGAGGCAACCAUCUUUAUUGACAAAGGCUCCAGUACAGCCAUCAAACUUGCAAAAGAAAUCAGGCAUAAAGGCAUCGAGCGAAUCAGGGAAAGACUCAACAAACUGCAGUGGAAAUACCAAGAAGGUUGCGGGUGUGAAGCUGACCUUUGUCAGGGGAGAUAGGGAGAAGUUUGAUAUGCAGGAAUUGCUUAAAGCCUCAGCUGAGAUAUUGGGCAGUGGAUCCUUUGGGUCUUCUUACAAGGCUGCCUUGCACAAUGGACAGGUGAUGGUUGUGAAGCGGUUCAAACAAAUGAAUAAUUUGGGGAAAAAGGAGUUUCAAGAGCAUAUGAGCAAGCUAGGGAGGUUGAGACACCCAAAUCUGCUUCCUCUGGUGGCUUACUACUAUAGGAAAGAAGAGAAGCUCUAGGCAUUUGACUCUGUACAGAAGGCCAGCUUGGCCGUUCAUCUACAUGGUACUGAUCUUCUCUCUAAAAUAUGUUUGCUCACAUGUGCAUGUAUAUUAGUUCAUGAAUUGGUAGGCCCUCUAUAUAUGUUUCUUUAUAAACAUAGCAUUUUUGUCAUGCAUGUAUACAUACAUAUAAUUUCUGCCUCUGUUUUGUAAUCACUUUCAAUGUGUUCACUGACAUAAUUUUCAAUGCAAAGAAGCACUAUCACAUUGUCCAAUUAUACCAAUAGUCCUUCUAAUUAUAAAGCCA